AUGCCGGAGAAGAAACGAUCGGCAAGUAGUGGAAGCGCCAACAAUGUUAAAGUUGUCGUUCGAUGUCGACCGAUGAGUGAUAAAGAAUUGGAUAAUGAUCAUAAAGAGAUUGUUUAUGUAAGUGAAGCAACUGGAACAAUCGAUGUUCGAGCACCAAAUUCAACAACGGACGAUACGACAAAAACAUACACAUUCGAUCAUGUGUUUGGACAAAACUCCAAGCAAGUCGAUGUUUAUAAUCUGGUUGCUCGUCCGAUCGUCGAUGCCGUUUUGGAAGGCUACAAUGGAACUAUAUUCGCUUACGGACAAACAGGAACCGGCAAGACGUUUACAAUGGAGGGGAAAAAAGAUGAUAUUAAAAACUAUGGUAUCAUUCCUAAUUCAUUCGCACAUGUGUUUCUUGAGAUUUCCAAAGCGGAAAAGAAUGUCGGAUAUUUAGUUAGUGUAUCCUAUCUGGAGAUCUACAAUGAAGAAGUUCGUGAUCUACUUGGUAAAGACCGUGAUAAAAGUCUAGAAAUAAAAGAACGACCUAAUGUUGGUGUUUAUGCUGAUGGUUUAACAGCUCAUAUAUGUAAAUCAGCAACCGAUAUGGAAACUAUUAUGCGUUCUGGCAGUUUUAACCGUCACACGGGUCAAACUCUAAUGAAUGAACGUAGUAGUCGAUCGCAUGCAAUAUUUACCAUUACGAUAGAGUGUAGUGAUACUGGCCCUGAUGGUGCCAAACGUAUUCGAGCCGGGAAGUUACAUAUGGUCGAUUUAGCGGGUAGUGAACGUCAAUCGAAAUCGGGUGCCGAAGGAAAUACAUUGAAAGAAGCGACAAAAAUUAAUUUAUCAUUAUCCACAUUGGGUAAUGUGAUUUCGGCACUGGUUGAUGGCAAAUCGACACAUAUACCGUAUCGUAAUUCGAAGUUAACCCGACUUCUACAAGAUUCUUUAGGUGGAAAUUCUAAAACAGCCAUGAUUGCCAAUAUUGGUCCAGCUGAUUAUAACUGCGAUGAGACAUUGAACACACUCAGAUAUGCAAAUCGAGCGAAGAACAUCAAGAAUCAUGCGCGUGUCAAUGAAGAUCCAAAAGAUGCCAUGAUUCGAAAUUUAGAAAACGAGAUUGAACUUUUACGUAAACAAGUCGAAGAAGGUGGCGGUGGAGAUGAUAGUGAUGAUGGUUCCGGUUCAGAAUAUAGUGAAACCGAUGAGAAUGGUCGACGUGUGGUUCGUAAAAGAUCGUUAAAUGUUCGUCAAGAACGCAAAGAAGAAAUUGAGCGUCAAAUCGAAGAAGAACGACGAAAAUUACAAUUCGACACCGAUAAAUCACAAAAAGAACGAGAUAAGAUCGCCCUAGCACUUCGUGAGAAACAAGAAGAAUUAAAAGCAAUGAAAGAUCAGGAUGAUGUUCGAGAAAAACUCCGAAGGUUAGAAGCCAAAGUUAUUUCAGGCGGUGAAAAUCUACUUGAAAAGGCCGAGAAACAAGUAGUUUUACUCGAGCAAAGUGAACAGGAACUCCAAAAACGUAUUCACAAUGAAGAACAGUUACGGAAGCAAUUACAGCAGAAAGAGGCUGAAGCGCUCGAUGUUGAAGGCAAAUACAAUUCAUUGAAAGAAGAGGCUGAAGCUCUAACCAAAAAGCUGAGGGUGUUUGAAAAGAAAUACAAAGACGCCAAACAAGAAUUACUCGAUCUGGAAAAAGAAUACCUGAACCAACGAACGGAAUUGAUCGAAGCGAACACUCAAGCGCUUCGUGAGUUACAGAAACAAGAAUUUGUCAUCAAAAGUUACAUACCUGAUGAAUACUUCAAAAUUAUUCAAGAGCAUGCAAGUUGGAAUGAGAAUUUUGGAGAAUGGAGUCUACGAUCGAUUGCGUACACUGGAAACAAUAUGAAAAACAAGGAGAAAAGCAAGAAAGCCGACGAUGAUGAUUUAAACUUAACUCAUGUUUACUUGGCAUACACAGCCGAAGGUGCUGAGGGUGCUAUGCGAGAUUUCAUGACACGGAAGAAGAAAAGUCGUGCGAAAGAGAAAAAAAAGAAAGCACCAAAAGAAGCAUUUAGUAAUCGUCCAACAACAGCCGUCCGCGAUUAA